UUCCAGCUGUUCCCUCUUCACUUGGCUUCCUCUCCCACGAGGCGGUACCAUCCCCGUCACCGCCUUCUGCCACGUCGCAGGCCCACUUUCCGCAAUGGAUCAUCCUUCGGUCCUGGAACCGUCGCGGGCCUCAUCUCGACGUGGGAGGACGCGGUGCCCUACGUGGUGUGGGGCCACGUCCUCGUCUUCGUGUGCCUCCUGGUGCAAGAAGGGGGCUUCCGAGAUCGACAGCGUGAUCUACCCGAUCGCCAUCCGGUUCGACCCCCGCUACGGCGACCCCUUCUGGUACCAGGACACCUUCGGCCAGUACAUCCUGAGCAUGAUGACGUCAUGGGCCAUCGUGUGCGACGUGUGGUACCUUCCGCCCACGCGCAGGGGCCCCAGGGAGUCGGGGGCGGCCUUCGUGAGCAGAGUACAGGGCUUGAUCGCUCACAAGGGAGGCUUCGUCCAGUUGGCUUGGGACGGAUCUAGACCUUCCAGAACACAAAGAAUAAGGCAUGGAGAAGAAAACAAGAAGAAUGGAAACAAGCGCAACAGAGAGAAUAUGCGAGACACUUGAGUGAUACAUGUGAGGAAAGUGAGAAGCGAGGGGAAGAGAAGAGGGGCGACUAUGAUGAGAAAAGAAGAGGAUAAGAGAAAA